AUGAUGGGAUUUAAUCUCUCCAAUGAUUUGGAUGGGUUUGGAUCUUCCAUUCACUCUGCCAUCGAGCUUUUGAAAGAAGGAAAGUUCAAAUUUUUCAAGGAUGAAGUUGGAAGAUCAAUUUCAAAACAAUGCACCACCGAUGUGGAAGGUGUUGACGAAGAGGCGUCCUCUUCCUCCGCAAUGAGCCUUAACGUGGCUAACUCUCCAGCUCAAGCGGGCGAUCGCCACAUAAGGAGUCCUCACGGAGUCACGAAGCAGCGGCUUAACAGUGUCUCCUCAGGAGCGAGCAUUUCCAGUUCAAUACGAGGACGACUAGCUGGAGUUAGUGGUGAUGUGGGAGAAGAAGUAAAUCAAAGUUCCACAACUUCCACAGAAGCAGCCAGGCGUCCACAGCGAGUUUCUGUAGCAGGGCGGGGCACUCCCAAAUUAUCCUCUUCCUCAACUGCGGCAGUGGUUAACCAAGAAACUGCAGAAAAACGAAAAGACGUUGGGAAUACAGAAAUGCUAUCAGGGAAUCUUACCUCAACUGGUCAAGAACUAAUUAAUGCUCCAAAUAUGUGUUGAUACGUCUUUGUUGUUCGAUGCAUCGCUUAUCCAUUCCAUGCCAAAUUGUCGACGGAACCUGUAAAACGAUAUUUGAAAGUAACGAAGAGCCAAUUGACCGCUCUUAAGGGACGAUUCCAAUCAUUCCUAAAUGGGGAAUUGGAUAUAGUUGGUGACGAGGCCUUUAUAAACGCUAUUCAAAGCUACUACGAU